AUGAAGCACAAGGACAAGUAUAAAGGGCGUCAUGUCUCCGGUGUCAACAUCCAUUGUCAGCAGAGACAAAUCAAUCGUGCCAAGCUGGUCAAAAUGCGAGCUUUUCAAGUCUUGAAAUUCAUAUCCUGCCUCUCGGCAUUGACUGUCCCUGCUUUGGCAUCCAACACAACGGCCUCGGAGGGCUUGACAAUCACCGACACUUUCACCUUCGAUGGCAUGUCUUGGACUGUCUACGAGGACUUGUCGGAGCCCGGAGGCGAAAUUGUCCUGGUACCCGAAACUGGAUUGACGAAACGAUUUGCUACGCGCCUUGAAGCUACCAAAACUCGGGCCAAUUCAACCGUGCCUCUGUUCAUGGGCAUGAAGCCAGCCGAUGUCAACCAAGCACCGAAUGACCUGCUCGCCGACGCGCUGCUCAAAGACGGGGAGCCUGAUGAGGCUGCUGUCCGAGACGUCCUGCCGUUCCCCAACAUAGCGGGCUGGGACACCUUCCUCGGCAACGUCCAGGCCAAUGAUACCCUGACCGUGCGGGCGGACGCAAGAACCUGGAAUUACUUUCCGCUGGACUUCCAAGAGAAAGACAUCCUUGGAAACCCAGAAUACAACAAUUGGACUUAUGAUGGCCUGCUGGGCAGCUGGCGGCCCGGCUCUCGCAAGGUCUUCCGCCGCGGGCCCGAUGGCCAGGACUGGGCCGAAUCCAUUGCCUUUGCUGAUGUCGACUCCAACGAGCCCAUUAUCGUCCAUGUUUGGUACCGGACCACUUUUGUGGUCAAUGGGAAAGUAGAAAGCCGCGUCUUCGCGUACGACUAUCCCGAAGACCUGCCCGCACGCCCGAAGCCCUCUUCUGCUGAUUUCUAUGGCGCGCUGUUACGCUUUGGCACAUAUUGGGAAGAGCACCUCGCUGAUAUUAUCGAACUUGACCUGCCUGACUCCAGCUGGGCCGACCUGACCAAACACGCCUUUGGCAUGGAACUCGUGCAGCGUUACGCCGACGGGGUGUACCCGAAAUACGGCGCCUACGACCGUCCUUACGUCGGGUCAGAGAUUGACGGCUUCCAAGAUACCUUCACCAAUUCGCUCUACGCUAACCUCCUCUGGGGGCGCUUUGACCAAGCUCGCGCUGUUACCGAAAACUACUUGCGUGACUUCGUGUCGGACACAGGCGAUAUUGAUAUGCGUGGCGGCGAGAUACCUCAGUUUGGCAAGUCCUUGUCGUUUUUGACACUGUAUGUCGAUUACACGGGCGACACGGCUUUGCUGGAAACCUAUCGCGACAAGAUCCUGGCGUGGGUUAACAUCCUUACGACCCGCCACGAUGAGAGUCUGGCACUGGACCCCUCUGAUCCUUUCUACGGCCUGAUUCACGGAUGGAGCGAGUCCGACUCCGUCAUAGUCCAUCCUACAUACUACAACCUGCCUUACUUCAACAAUCAAGCAUAUGCGGUUCGAGGCUUGCGGGACCUGAGCCGUCUGGAGAUGUUCUCCGAGUAUGCUGCCGACUGGACCAACCGCGCCGAAGUGAUGCUCAACCAGACCGUCGCCAGCAUCAAAUCGUCCACUUGGCAGGACGCAAACCCGCCCUACGUUCCCCCGCUCCCGAACCAAAACCUCACCGCUAUAGACUCCCUUGCCACGGAGUGGCCGUCGAUGAACAGAUGGGCUCAUCGCGCCCUUGCAGAGCUCCUCCAAGCCGCCGUUUUGCCCAUCGACCUCGUAAACACCGUCAUCGAUUCCAUGAAAGCCAACCACUACACCUCCAUUGGACUCCUCGCCAACCUCUUAGUCCGCAAGCCGGAGAGCCGCGACAUCCUAGGCUUCAUCGGCUCCGGCUACGCCCUGGGCCUCCUUCUGGCUGACCGGACCGACGAGUUCGUCCUCUUCUUGUACGCCCACCGCUACUACAUCCACAACCGCGGCAACUGGAUCGCCGGCAAGGUCAUGUACACCAGUGGCGCCGGCGGGUUGUACUGCCAGCCCGCCGCCUUCGAUAUGCCCGUGGUCAUGCGCGCCGCGCUUGUCCUGGAGCACCCCGACGACGACGUCUUGUACCUCGCCCGCGGGCUGCCGAGCGCGUGGGUCGCGACGGGCGAUCCAGUCAGCAUCCGCGGAGCGCCGACACGGUGGGGACGUGUGGACUUUAGCACCUUCACUGACAACGCGGCCCGGACGAUCACUGCUGAGGUCGCGUUUCUCGGCGGCAGCGUACCCUCCGAGACCCGCAUCAAGUUGCGCGUUCCGGCUGGAGAAAGCCUCGGAAACGUCACUGUCAACGGCGUCCCCGCUGAGGAGGUGGUAGGAGAAGAAGUUGUGCUGCAGACGGGUGCUGAUGUGAAGAACGUGACUGUUCUUGGAAACUUCUAG